AUGUCUGGUGAUUGGUACAGAGAGGGCAUUCAGCAGAAUGGAGGGCCUGGUCCCAUGAUGGAAUUCAGAUUGGGGCCUGGGGACUCUCAGUGGCCCCCAAAGAGGGGAGCGGGCACACGAGGGAAACUGAUCCCAGGUUUUGGCACCAAAAUGAAGGAAAAGAAGGGGUUUGGGCGGAAAGGUAAAGUUCGUGGCAGCCCAUACUCUGACCAUGUAGAGAACCCCUCCUAUUUGGAGGAGAAAAUAGUGUUAAUGUGUAUAUUUGGCCUUUUCCUCCACAGGUAUUACAGUAACAGCCCACACUACUUUAUUUUUAAUACCAGAAGUGCUAUUAAGUUAGAGUAUGAAGGAACAAAUUUUUCUGAGUGGAAUGUGCCAGAAGAUUGUCAGAUUGAAAAUAACAAAUCACCCGUGACAGAACUGCGUUGUACUUCUCCUGGUUCUUAUAUUAUACAACCAAUUGUUACAGGCCCAGUAAAAGAAAAACGCUAUUUGACAGUGGAUUCUUCUAAUAUUUGUUUUCUGUGGUAUUAUACAGUUACUAAUUUAUUUCAUAAUUUAACCCAGAAUGUCGUAAUAUGGGUAUAUGAUCCAGAAAAUUCAGACUCUGAGGAAGUACAACUCAAUGCAAGUGAACCCUCACUGAAUUCUGUAAUACUAAGCAGGCAGUUGGCCACUUUGGGACAGAGGCCCACCAUAUAUACAGUUUUGAAGAGAAAGGCUUAUUUUUCAUAUGAAAACCCGAAGAUAAAGGGGCUGUGGUAUGUUAAUUUGCCAAUGGCUGCAGAUGAUUUAAUAAAGGAGAUUAAAGGAAACGAAGUGACUUUUCAAGAUUGCUUUAUUGCAGAUCUUCCUUUUCUGCUGACUGUUCCUUUAAUGACCAUACCUGAGGAUCCUGGCUUUUUACCAAUCUCUUCGCCAGCUGGGAGUCAGUUAAAGUAUUCCUGGCUUGCUUGUGUUCCUUCAUUUAUUGUGGUGGUAGCUGACAUGGAGACCUUUCAAACCAACGAUUCAUUCCACACUUGGAACAGAGUCAGAGUACCUCCAGAGGUUCUGAGUAAUAAUGAAAGGCACAGCGUGGAGCAGGUGAACCUAUCACAUGAUGGGAUAUUUUUUCUGAUAAAUGGUGUUCUUUACCUGAAAAGUCUUAAAACAUUUACAAAACUAGGAAGAAAUGAAGAACUUCCUGAAGGUGAAAUUAUUGGCAUUACAUCCAGAAGAUGGUGUUGGGUCAAGUUUAUAUUUAAGACUAAAGGAAAAAAAAGUGAUAUAGCGAUCUGGACAAAAAAUGAAAUUUACCUUGGAUAUUCUCCAGAUAGAUAUAUGAAACUGACAACUACUACAGACCUGAAAGCUCUUUUAAAUCUCCCACCAACCUGUACUCUAACAAUACACAAUCUUGAAUAUACAGGGCACCCUCUGGAAAUUGCCGUGUUUGUAAAUUACUGCAGCACAACAUGCACUGCCAACAAGAGGAUUUACUUAGUGACGUAUAAUGAAGAUUCAAAAGAGUGGGUGUACCAAGACUUUAUGUUAGAUGUUCCCAUUGACACUUUUUUAAUUCCACGUUUUCUAUUUUCAGCAAUGCCAAAUUUAAUAUUAUGGGAUAAAUAUAGUAUAUACUAUUAUUAUCAAAAUUUCACCAAUGCCGGAAUUAUAGAAACAAAUGCAGGGGUUAAAAACCUAUCAAUAUUAUCAGAUGACAGCAUUAUUCAUGAUAUUUUUUUAGAUUAUUAUGGAAACAUUGUGGUAAAAAUGGAAAACAAUAUAAUGUUUUAUUUCAAGAUUAAUAUUAGAAAAGCAGUAAAGCUACAUUCAUGGACACCUAAAACGACAAAAUCAUUAUUGUUGAUUGGUACAUCUACUCAAGUAUGUCUUGCAUAUGUUCUUGAUGAUGGCACAGUACAAUUAAAAGAAUAUCCCUUAGAUCUGGAAGUAAAAAGUGUAACUCACCUUGAAAAAGAUAACUGCCCAUACAGGGCAUUUCAUAAUAAUAUUUCCCAUAUGUUUUACUUUUUGGACAAGGGAAAUGUCCUGUCCAUUUGGGCUCAAAUAGUUUAUCCAGAAAACUUUGGUCUACAUAUUAUAAUGGAACAAUAUGGCCCAAAAAUAUUAGAAUGGAAACAAAGCAUUAAUUAUGAAAUUGCCUUAGGACACUGCUCUAAAAGUCUGGCAAUAACCUUUUCUCAGAGUGUAAAUUAUGAGGCAGUAGAUGAUUACCACAAGCUUCAAGACGAGAACAUGGGUAUUGUGCUUAUUCAACUUCGACCUAGUGAAUAUGCAAAAACGUGCCCAAUAGCCCAAAAGGUGUUCCAAAUAGCUGUUGGCUGCGAUAAUAAUAAAUUCAUUGCAGUGAAAGGAUUUCUGAACAAAGAAUGUAUUCACCAUGAUUUUUCUUAUGUGAUUGACAAGUCAUAUCUGAGAGAUAAACCACCUAAAAACUUGAAAAUAAGCUAUAACUGGUCACAAUAUGGUUGCCCAUUGAGACUUGAUUCCAGAGAGGAGUUUCAACCUUUCAUUCAAUUAUUUGAUGAUAAUGGCUUUAUUGAAGAUAUCCAAGUAAAUUUCAUAUUGUGGGAAAUCCAUGGCAGGCAUGACUAUAGUUUUACUAAAACUAUGAAGCAGAGUGGUUGUUUAAAUGAAGCACAGACAUGGAAGACAAUGACAGAGCUUAACAAGGACGUCCCAUUAGAAGAUGUGUGGGGACCAGAGAACUAUAGGACCUGUUUUUCUUAUGCUGUUGGAAAACCAGGAGACUUAAGUCAACCAUAUGAGAUUAUCAACAGUUCUAAUAAUAAUCACAUAUAUUGGCCCAUGGGCCACUCUGGAAUGUAUAUAUUUCGUGUGAAGAUCCUGGACCCAAACUACAGUUUCUGUAAUCUAAUGGCUAUAUUUGCAAUAGAGACCUAUGGCGUGAUUCCCAGCCCAAGCUUCUAUCUGGUUGCAUCUAUCCUCUUUGUCCUGAUGCUACUGUUUUUCACGAUUCUAGUCCUGAGCUACUUCCAGUAUAUGAGGGUUUAUAGAUACUAUAUUUAUAAACCACUUAACAAACCACCAGGAAAACAAAAGAAAAAUUAG